AUGGAAGAGGAGCAGAAUUCCUGGGCCUUCCCAUUCCAUAGCUCCAAUUCCACAAUUCCAUGGUUCUCCUGCCUGCCCUUUCCCCUCUCCAAGGUGCAGGGGACUCAUCCUGACUGCUCCAUCGUGCUCCACUUCCAGCAGCUGGAGGAGGAAUGUCUGCAGAGGAUCCGGAGUGAGAGCCCCAGCCCGGGGCAGGCAGGGCAGGGCUGCCCCACCGAGUGGGACGGGCUCAGCUGCUGGCCAGCCCUGCCCCUGGGCCAGUCCCGAGCUGUCGCCUGCCCCGAGAUCCUGAGCGUCUUCAAGAAGUCCAAAGGGCUGAUCCAGAGGAACUGCACCGAGUGGGGCUGGAGCCCCCCCAGCCCCCCCUACCACAGCGCCUGCCAGCUGGAGACCCUGGGCAGCAGCAAUGACACCGAGGCCAAGAGAGGCCACUUUGUCACCAUGAAGGUGCUCUACACCUGUGGCUACUCCACGUCGCUGGCAGCGCUGCUCCUGGCCAUCGGCAUCUUCUGCUGCUUCAGGAAGCUGCACUGCACCAGGAAUUCCAUCCACAUCCACUUCUUCACCUCCUUCAUCCUGCGGGGCACGGCCGUGUUCAUCAAGGACAGAGUGCUCUUCUCGGAUGAGUCCAUUGACCACUGCACAAUGUCCACGGUGACCUGCAAGGCUGCCAUCGCCUUCUUCCAGUACUCAGUGCUGGCCAACUUCUACUGGCUGCUGGUGGAGGGGCUGUACCUGCAGACGCUGCUGCUGCUCACCUUCACCUGCGACAGGAGCUACACCUGGGGCUACGUCCUCAUGGGCUGGGGUGUCCCCAUGGUCACAGUCGGGGUGUGGGUUCUCACCAGGCUCCAGUAUGACAACCACGGGUGCUGGGAUGACUACUCCAGUGUGUACUGGUGGGUGAUCAAGGCUCCCAUCCUCCUGGCCAUAUUUGUGAACUUCCUCAUCUUCCUCAACGUCACCAGGAUGUUGGCACAGAAGAUCCGGUGUCCGGACCUCAGCAGAACCCACAAGCAGCAGUACAUGAGGCUGACCAAGUCCACGCUGCUGCUCAUCCCCCUCUUCGGGGUGCACUACGUGGUGUUCGCGCUCUUCCCCGAGCACGUGGGCGUGGAUGCCCGGCUGUACUUCGAGCUGGUGCUGGGCUCCUACCAGGGCUUCCUGGUGGCUCUGCUCUACUGUUUCCUCAAUGGGGAGGUCCAGGCUGAGAUCAGGAGGAACUGGGGCACCUGGCAAAGGUCCAUGGAGAGCAACGUCUUCAACCUGGCCACCCAGGACUUCACAGCAUGAGCAGGACAGGAGAGGGGCUGCUGGAGCAGCAGCUCCGUGGCUGCAGCCCCAGAAUGACCCAACCACCCUGUUUUUGGGGGUUAUGGGUCUGACACCCUCAGAGGGAGCAACCAGAAAGACCCAAACUCUGCUCUGAUUUUGGGGGUGUUGGGAACAAGCAGAAAGACCCAACUCCUUGUGAUUUUGGGGGUUCUGGGUUUGACAUCCUCAGAGGAAACAACCAGAAAGACCCAAACCCCCUUGAUUUUUGAGGUUCUGGGUCUGACACCCUCAGAGGGUGUUGGGAACAACCAGAAAGACCCAAACCCCCCUGAUUUUGGGAGUUCUGGGUCUGCCACCCUCAGAGGGUGUUGGGAACAACCAUGGGAGAGGCUCUGCAUGCUCGGUGCUGGUGGAUCUUGCACCCUGUGGUAGCACCUCACCCCCAGAGCUCUCACUGCUUUAGGGCAGAGUUCCAGGCAAAGAGAAGGGAAAUUCUGCACUUUUCUGCCUGAAACUGGGAAGGAAACACAGAAAUCCUUCACCCAAGGACAGCUGGUGGGUUUUGUUUGCACUGAAGGAAAAGGAGCAGUGCUGAUACUGAAGGGAUUCACUGAUGGGUGUUUUCCCCUUUCCUUGGUUUACAAAAUAAUUUCCUGUCUGGGAAGAUUCCUAAACACAGCCAGGAGCCCCCUGGGGAUGGGGGGAGGACACAGAGAGAGGCCAAACCCCAAACCUCUACAAGAGACUCCCCAAAUGGCCUCGGGACCCAGUUCCUCCCCAUUCCCAAAAGUCUUCCCCUUCUCCCUUGUGGGUUGAGUGAGCUGGAGAUGUUCCUUUGCCAGGAGAGCUCUGCCAGCCCUUUGCUCUGAGGAAUGGGACUCACCUGCCGUCCCUGGGGGAUCAGGAAGGGUUUUGCCAAUAAAAUCUCAUUCCAAGUCCA